ACACUUUUGCUGCCAUUGGUAAGAGCUUUUCUAUUUUUUAAUAUGCUGAAUUUUAUUAAGAAAUAUAGAUAAGUAACGUAUAAAAACACGGGACACUAAUCUUUUUGCAUAGUAGGUGUGGUAGUAGUAGCUGAUUUUAAACAUAGAAUAAUGGCCGAACCCAAAGUUCCUAAUGAUUAGUGUUUGUUAUCCUAACUGUGACUCUUUAAGGGUCUCUUUUCCCAUCCCAAUUUCAGAUGGAAGAGAAGAACAGACAGUUACAAGAGCGUCUUGAGCUGGCUGAGCAAAAGUUGCAACAGACUAUGAGAAAAGCUGAGACCUUACCUGAAGUAGAGGCUGAACUGGCUCAGAGAAUUGCAGCCCUGACAAAGUCUGAUCCAACCUCUUCUACCUCAUCAGAUGAUUAUCAAUAUGUUAUGGAAGCUAAACUACAAGAAAUGAUCUCCAUACGUAGGAAGGCUGAAGAGAGACAUGGAAACAUUGAAGAGCGUAUGCGACAUCUAGAAGGUCAACUUGAAGAGAAAAAUCAAGAACUUCAAAGAGAAUUGAAAGAAUGUCAGUACAGGGAGAUGGAGAGGGUAAGACUGCGAGUAACUGGAAGUGAAACUGCAAAGACUCAUCUAGAUACCUCAGCAGAGUUGCGGUAUUCAGUUGGAUCCCUAGUGGACAGCCAGCCUGACUAUAGAACAACUAAAGUAAUAAGAAGACCAAGGAGAGGCCGCAUGGGUGUGCGAAGAGAUGAGCCAAAGGUAAAAUCUCUUGGGGAUCAUGAGUGGAAUAGAACUCAACAAAUUGGAGUACUAAGCAGCCACCAUUUUGAAAGUGACACAGAAAUGUCUGAUAUUGAUGAUGAUGACAGAGAAACAAUUUUUAGCUCAAUGGAUCUUCUCUCUCCGAGUGGCCAUUCUGAUGCCCAGACUCUAGCCAUGAUGCUUCAGGAACAAUUGGAUGCCAUCAACAAAGAAAUCCGGCUAAUUCAGGAAGAAAAAGAAUCUACAGAGUUACGCGCUGAAGAAAUUGAGAAUAGAGUAGCUAGUGUGAGCCUGGAAGGCUUGAAUUUGGCAAGGGUCCACCCAGGUACCUCCAUCACUGCCUCAGUGACAGCUUCUUCGCUGGCCAGCUCAUCUCCCCCCAGUGGACACUCGACGCCAAAGCUCACCCCUCGAAGUCCUGCCAGGGAAAUGGAUCGGAUGGGAGUCAUGACACUGCCAAGUGAUCUAAGGAAGCAUCGGAGAAAGAUUGCAGUGGUGGAAGACGAUGGUCGGGAGGAUAAAGCAACAAUUAAAUGUGAAACUUCUCCUCCCCCGACCCCCAGAGCCAUCAGGAUGACUCACACCCUCCCUUCUUCCUACCACAAUGAGGCCCGAAGUUUGUCUGCCUCCCUUGAGCCAGAAAGCCUUGGGCUUGGCAGUGCCAACAGCAGCCAAGACUCUCUUCACAAAGCUCCCAAGAAGAAAGGAAUCAAGUCUUCAAUAGGACGUUUGUUUGGUAAAAAAGAAAAAGCUCGACUCGGGCAGCUCCGAGGCUUUAUGGAGACGGAAGCUGCAGCUCAGGAGUCCCUGGGGUUAGGCAAACUUGGAACUCAAGCUGAGAAGGAUAGAAGACUGAAGAAAAAAGAACGGGACUCAGAGAAUCUCUGUUUUUCUAACACUUGCAGUGCUGGCAUAUUGCAGCCGUCAGGCAACGUUUGGGUGACCCAUGAAGAAAUGGAAAAUCUUGCAGCUCCAGCGAAAACGAAGGAAUCUGAGGAAGGAAGUUGGGCCCAGUGUCCGGUUUUUCUACAGACCCUGGCAUAUGGAGAUAUGAACCACGAGUGGAUUGGAAAUGAAUGGCUUCCCAGCCUGGGGUUACCUCAAUACAGAAGUUAUUUUAUGGAAUGCUUGGUAGAUGCCAGAAUGUUAGAUCACCUAACAAAAAAGGAUCUCCGUGUCCAUUUAAAAAUGGUGGAUAGUUUCCAUCGAACAAGUUUACAGUAUGGAAUCAUGUGCUUAAAAAGGCUGAAUUAUGACAGAAAAGAACUAGAAAGAAGGCGAGAAGCAAGCCAACAUGAAAUAAAAGAUGUGUUGGUGUGGAGCAAUGACCGAGUUAUUCGCUGGAUCCAAGCAAUUGGACUUCGAGAAUAUGCAAAUAACAUCCUUGAGAGCGGAGUGCAUGGCUCCCUGAUAGCCCUGGAUGAGAACUUUGACUACAGCAGUUUAGCUUUGUUACUGCAGAUCCCAACACAGAACACCCAGGCUCGGCAGAUCCUUGAAAGGGAAUACAAUAACCUUCUGGCUCUGGGAACUGAACGGCGACUGGACGAAAGUGAUGACAAGAAUUUCAGGCGUGGGUCGACCUGGAGAAGGCAGUUUCCUCCCCGUGAAGUACAUGGUAUCAGCAUGAUGCCUGGGUCCUCAGAAACAUUACCCGCCGGAUUUAGGUUAACCACAACAUCUGGGCAGUCAAGGAAAAUGACCACGGAUGUUCCUUCAUCCAGACUGCAGAGGUUAGACAACUCCACUGUUCGUACAUACUCAUGUUGACAAGCCACUCAAAGGAUGCAGCACUGACUUGCUAUGUCGUCUUUUCAGUCUACCCUACAUAAAGUGCACUACCAUCUAAGAAGACAAGCAGUGAACACAUUUGUGAAGACUGAAUUCUAAGGAAAUAACCACAAGUAAUGGUUUAUUAAGCUGAAAAUGUGAUUGGGGGGGUCAGAUAUUAAUUUUGAUUAGUUUACUACAAUCGAAAGAAAAUGCUUAAGUCAUUUGAAUAAUAAGCAUCAUCCACAUCAUAAAUUCUGUACAACAGAUGCUUUUCUGAAAUGGAGCCACUUGUUUUUUCAUGUUUUAUUGUAAUAUAAUAGGCAUUUAUGUAUUACUGUGUAUUUCUUUUUAAAUGUGUAAGUCUUAUGUAAAUGGAUAUAAAUAUGAUUUUUAAAAAAAUAAAAUAUAUGGUUCAUGGAGUCCUGAGUGCAAACAUUUGACAAUUCCAAGUCCUGUUUGUAUUUUACCAUUCCACCAUUUUUACAGUUUUUGAAUUAGAACAGUCCAAUUGAUAUGUUUCCUGGAAGCAUGUUUCAUGCCUCCACGCGUUUCACCUUAAAGUCUGUCAAUACUUACUUAAAGCUGAAAACCUGCCUCUGAUCAUGUAAAAAAAAAAGAUUGAUUUAACCUGGAACUGGAGCCAAAAAUAGACCUCUAAAGGCAAUCAGGGAUGUCCUCUAUCUUUAGAAAAUAGCACUGUGAUGGCUCGAUCUCCUUUUCAAUACAAAACAAAGCCAAACUGUUUACAAGCGUCAAAGCAAUUAUUUUAAAAGAAAAUUUAUAAAGAAAAAAAAACAUUAUCUUCUCUUGUUACCUGUGGACCAAUAAUUUAAAGAAAAAAAAAACUUCUUUACUAAGAAACACAUGCUCAUUCAAAUAUCUCGAACAGCCAGCCAGCACUGGUCAAUGAACGUCAACCACUGCAGCAGAGUCGGAGGCUCGUUUCCACUGGAGAAAAACAAGCCCCCUGAAACCCUUCCCUUUUGUCAGUGUAACAGGGCAAUAGCCAGACUCAUGUCUAAUGUUAUAAGCUUUUAGCCGAGAUGGCCUUGUUUCGACUUCCCUGAAGUCAAUAUUAUCAGAGGAAAUAAAUGAAAGACAGAAUGAUUAACAUAUAUAGUGUAUAAAGUAUAGAAGAGUAAUCUCUUCCCUGUGGCUUUAUUUGGUGGUGUUACUGUUGUUCAUUCCUUGUUUAUAUGGGAGAUUUCAAAGUAAAACCUAUUUAAUAAUACCAUUUAUCUAACUGCUGAUUUUCUGCUGUUUGAUCUUAAGUGCAAGACCUGUCAUCAGUAAUUUCCUUUCUGUAUUUAAUUUGCUGUUUGCACGUACAUUACAUUUGUUUUGAUGUCUAUUUUUGUUUAACAGAUUCAGUCAAAAGGUAAUGGUAACAGAAACCCUCUCCAUUGUCAAUAAAAAAAAAAGAAUACUUCCA